AUGAAUGUAUUUAAUACUCGUAUUAUUUAUAGAAAAGAAACUAAGAUACGAUUUUAUUCAAUAAAUAAGUUAAAAAGAUUCAGAACUACAAGAAGCAUUUAGGAAACUUGAUCAAAUUAAUAAAAAUACAUUAGAAUAAGAGAAAAUAAAGAAAAUGGAAGUAGAAAAAGUAAUUUUUAUUGGAUUCAUUUUUUUAUUUUUAGAUUCAAAAGUUUAAUAAAGCAUUAACUUUUUCAAAUACUUAUAAACAUACUAAUUGUUAAGUAACUGAAGAAGCCAAGCUUGUUGCUGAAAUUGAAGAUGAACGUUAUUGUUUUUGUCUUUGUGAAUAAGCAAUUCCAAAAACAGGGAAAAUACAAUUUACAUUCUAAAUACUUAGUGGAUCUGAGUUUUUUGUUGGAAUAGGAUUUAGAGAUAUAAUGUAACAAAACCAUUAUUAUGAUUGUUAUAGUGGUGGGUAUGGGUAUAUAAAUAAAUCAUACUAGAACAUAUUUAAUAAGUGAGGAUGGUUAAUCUUACUCUCAUGAUAAUGAAGAUGUACAUAAUAAAUAAUUAUCAUUUAAAUUUACAAAUAGUGAUAUAAUAAUAAUCGAAGUAAGUAUUAAAGAUAAAUAUAUUAAAUGGAGUAAAUAGAAUAAUCCACAAGAAACAUUUGCUGUAAAUAUGAAAAUGAUUAUUAGUAAUUGGGAAUAGAUAAAAAUAUUAAAUUGA